CAACCAAUAUUGGUAUUGUCAUUGAUAAUUUACUAUUUAAUUUCGACAUUAAGUAUUUAAAUAUCUACAACGGUAUUUGAAUUUCUUUAAUUAAAAGUGUUAUAUAAUUGUUUUUCUUAGAAUGUCGGAUAUACAAAGUUUAUUUAAACAACAAUGUAUAGUACCGGAUGUUCUGACGACUGCGCCCUCAGAGUUAAUGCAAAUCCAAUAUUCUAACGGUGUUUCUGUUCAAAUGGGUAAGGAAUUAACACCUACACAGGUAAAAGAUAAACCUGUCGUUAAAUUCGCAGCCAAAGAAACUGAGUAUUACACUUUGGCUAUGGUAGACCCUGAUGCACCAAGCCGGGAGAAUCCAAAAUUUAGAGAGUGGCAUCACUGGCUGAUAGGAAAUAUUUAUGGCGGCGAUGUGAACAAGGGAGAAGUAUUAUCAGAUUAUAUAGGGUCUGGACCUCCAAAGGGCACUGGACUACACCGCUAUGUAUUUUUGGUAUACAAGCAGCCAGAGAAAUGUGAUUUUUCCCAAGUCCCCAAACUUCCAAAUAAUUCUGGAGAUAAAAGAGGAAAAUUUUCUAUUAACAAAUUCGCUCAACAGUUUAAACUUGGCCCUCCAAUAGCUGGUAAUUUUUAUUUAGCUAAAUACGAUGAUUACGUACCAAAAUUAUAUGCGAAGCUGAAAGGUUAAUUUUAUAAAA